GUCAUGAUGUUUACAGUGUUAAGGCCGCUGCAGCGAAUCAUGCCCGCAACAGUGAAAUCACCGAACGAGACCCGUCACACCAUCGCAAUUUGGGGGGUGGACUGCCGAGAUCCAAUCGCCCUUUCAUUUCGAGGUGACCGGUGAAGUGAAACAGCUCGUGGAAAAGCCACUUUCAUCGCAAUCGACAGUGGGAUAGAUUGGACGACAUCUUAGGCCUUGACGAUACUUCUUUCUUUUAUGACACUUAACUCAAUGGAGAUGGUCACUGGAGACAGGCAGCUUUGAAACCAGUAAAACAGGUGUUUCGCGAACGACAAUAUAAAAAUAUGGAGUGUUGACGAUGUUCCUUCAUUCGACAUUAUUUCCAAAUAUUUUGAGUUGCCAACAAGCUUCAACGAUUUAUGAUAGGAUAAGGGAUCAUUUAUUGUUUUUAUCCCUUGUCCCAAAGUUGGUUUUAGACUGUUAUUCUUGUUGGAACGAUGCAUCAGUGAUUGACGUUGCCUUUGUGAGGCUAGGGAUGGGACAGUGAUUUAGAAUUUCAACUGCACAUAACUUUUUAACGGGAUAUAGUAAGCUUGGAGUGUUUGAAUAAAACAAACCUUAACCAUGGCGAACUUGAGUGCACUCACAACCAACAUGACUGAAACUCCACCGGUUGGUCAUACCGUUGACUCGAACAACAUCAUCGGGGCAGUGGCUGGACUGUUGGGCACCAUCGGCAAUGGAAUGGUUUGCUUCGUAAUGAUUUGGUAUCGUUCAUUCUUCAAGUCAGUCACCAAUAAACUCAUGCUUCACCAGUCUGUGGUCGACUUGGUCCUGUCUUUGGUAAUGCUGGUCACCAGGCUGUACACACCGUGGACUCAGUUCUACUGCCGGUUCAGUAGAGGGUGGUUAUACUGGAGUCUCGCCCACACCUCCACCACCAGCAUCAUGCUCAUCGCAUGCGACCGGUACACAGCAGUGUGCCACCCCACUAAAUACCGUAAAUGGUUCUCUAUGUAUCGCAUCAAGUUUUACCUUAUCCCGGUAUGGGGUUUCCCAGUGAUAUGGCAAUCGUACCUGAUGUGGGUACAUUUGCCCGCCUAUGAAAACUCGUCCUGCUUAGCGACUUGGGGCGACAAUAACACCUUAAAGUUGGCAUUCGGGGUUGCCACAUUUUGCUGGGAGUACAUGGUACCGUUGAUUGUUAUGACGGUCACCUACACCCAUACCAUUUUGUCACUUCGAAUGAGGGUACUGACACGCGCUCGAAACGCAGCGGCCACGCAGCCAGCAGUCAACACUAGUAAUAAAAACGCUCAUAAAGACCCUCUGCAGACGGCCAAAGUUCGGCUAACAAUCACCUUCAUGAUUGUGGCUGUGUUCUUCAUUAUUUGCUGGAGCCCGAGCGAAAUCACGUGGCUUCUGUUUAACUUUGGUGUCAUCGAGGAUGGGUACUACUCCUCCCUCUGGCAUCUUGGUGUGGAAACGCCCCUCCUCUGUUUAAAUACAUGUGUGAACCCAGUCAUUUACUGCGUUACUUACACGCACUUUCGCCAGCACUUGAAGCUUGUUUUUUGCGGUAGGUGUAAAAACGAAGUGGGUGAUUCAACGUAUGUUGAAAACACGGAAAACAGCUCCGAGCAACAACGUUCCUCACAACGAGCCAGAGGAAAACCGCUAAUGUUUCAGGUCAACACUUAAAUUAUUCGCGGGGACAAUAAUCGUAUAAGUAUGUAUAUAAUGUAUAAAAUGGAAGAACGAAUGUACGUCAACUAUUCUGUGGAGAGUGUAUAUUUUAUCCGUGAAGAACGAAACAAGACAAUGUAAAGAAAUAUGUUGAUGUAAAACGGUAUGAGAAAACAUAACUGAUGAAAACUACGUUCAUCCGAUCGUUUAAAUAACCACACUAUUAUAAAUAGAGGUAAAUUAGAAAAUCGUGGUAAAUAUGUCGAUGCAAUAUUUUGUCCAUUUAAGUUUUCCAGUAAGUGAUCAAGCUUGGUUAAUAUAAAUAUCAUGGUGAUAUAAAUCCACCAAAGAUGUGAUUAUUGGGUAUAUAGCUAAUUUUGCUGAUGCGAAUUUGUUGAACCACUAGAACCACAUACAAAUUAUUGUCUUUAAACUUACCAACGAUUUUUAAUCCAAAAACGCAAAACAGAGAUCACUGACUUAAAAUACAGUGACCUCACGUAGAAUCUUAAUACUAUGUUUUCUGGUCAUCGUUUUACGGACUGACGAAUGUGUCAAUUCUUUGUUUUAUAAAUCGACUUUUAGUACAAAUUCUGGAUAAAAAGUACCAGUGCCCAUUGCUUUUAACAUUGCAUUUUCAGACGGUUUCAUAACACGUAAUUUGAAGGCUUCGUUGUUGAACUCAGCAUGACCGAAAAACACAGAUUUACUAACUGUUACGUUUACACGAAGUGGUGCGAAUCAAGAUGUAUAAUUGGAUCCAUUCAAAUUGCGGCAAAAUCGGCAAAUCUCAACAUGCAUUUGUGCACAGCGCUAUAAGUUAAACGUUUCUUUGGCUUAUUUUCACGAAGUGACGAAUGUUCUUAUGAAUAAAUAACUCAUCGAAACAUUUGGACAGGUUGAAAACAUAAUAUCGACAGUUGUAUGUGUUUGUCUGAAAAGGGGCAGUAUAUUUUGUUGAAUGAAACAGUCUUUUGAAACAGCAAUUUGAAAACAAACAUCACCUUCAAACGCGUUUUUAUUCCAAUCACUGAAGUCACUUUUCGACAGCUCUCUCUUGCACGUGUCUGUUGUCAUUGAUUUUUUAAUAUCAUCCGUGUCCUCGAUUGUAUAUUGGUCUUUAGACUUGUGUUUUUUUUCUGUCGUGAAAUGUACGUUUGGAAGCUGUCAAAAUAUUAACGGCGGCUAUUUUAAAGGCACUGGACACUAUUGGUAAAUUACUCAAAAUAAUCAUUAGCAUAAAAACUUAC